AUGCAUGAUUCGCCCCAGUACGAUCACCACUGCACUGUGCAAGAAGAACUGCUUAACAGACUCUCAAACCAAACCAAAGAACCGAACAGUCACAACAUCAGGAUCAGUGAAGUGAUGGAGUCAGACAGCGGUCAGUACCUCUGUGCUGUACAAGUGCACCCAAAUAAUAAAAACACUGCUAAAGGAAACUGGAAGGUGAUACAAAGAGUUACAGUCAGUAUUCAGAAAGACAAAAGACCACAGCCAACCAUGACCACUGUGACUCAGACAACAACUGAGGAGACAACAAAGAAAACAACUCAGACAACAACAAAGAAAACGACUGAGAAAACAAUAAAGAAAACAACUGAGGAAAACAUUGAUGAUGAUCGUCUUAAGCCCUUGUAUGUAGCAAUACCCAUAAUACUGUGUCUUCUGCUGAUUGUCUUGGUCGUGUUUAUAAGAAAGAAGUGCAUCAUUUCACAAGGAUGUCAAAGUGUACAACAAAGAGAAGAAGCUCCUAACAUGGACUGUUCUCCAUAUGCUGUUGGAAAUGUUGAGGAGGGGACUUUCUUUGGAUCUAAGACGGCUGAUCCAGGCCGUGAAGAAUCCACACCAUCUAUUGACCCUUAUUCAGUCGUUAGACUGAACAGCUUAUAUGAAUCUGGGCCUUCAGAUCACAACAAACAUAUUUAA